AUAUAUGGUAAAAGAAAAAGGGGUUAGGUAUGGAGUCGAGUUAGCGAUAAAAAGGCACAGCCCCCAGCCACUUUUGAAACUUUGAACUCUGGCGGAAGAGGCUGUGAGGGGAUGCCUUGAUGCCUAACGAAGUCGUGUGUUGGAUGGAUGUUAGUUCUGACUACUUUUGUUAGUAAUCUGAUAUCAGCACAACGCAUCGGUAAGGCUAUAAGCUGCAGCUGUCAUGUUACUUGGCUCGAUGUGAUAUGACUCAUCUCCUGCGAGUUUCCUAUUUGGAGCAGUUGAUCGUAGUGCCGUCCAAUGAAUCCCUUCAUUGAUUUGGUGUACGGCGCGGUACGGGAAAACCGCGAUUGGAUAAGUAGGUACCUUUAUAUUUAUAUAUUUAUAUAUUUAGCCGCUGCAAUAAUAGAGCAUCUACAUCUGUUCCUAAGCCUAUGCAUCGAACUGCAGGAACUUAUAAUCAGCAAGUUGUAUGAAUUUGAUGAGAGAUCAAAUAUUACCCUCAAGAAUGCCAGCUUGGUCUGCAAAACAUGGCGUCAGCUGGUCGUGCCCCUCCUCUUCAGGAGAGUGGUGAUAGAAGCUCAAUUUAAGCCUUGCCCAAAAGCUACGGAGCAUAUAGAAUUUAUAAUCUCCAACGAGCAUCUGCGUUCCAGCAUUCGCUUCCUCUCUAUUUCCGGCGAUUGUGACGAUGUGCUGUCUGAAUGGGUUGCUCUUUGCGAAAAACUGUUACCUCAGCUCCCCAACCUUCGACAUGUCAGCAUUGGCGGGGGUACGAACGUCCACUCAACUCUUUUUGAUAUAAACUAUGAUCGGGACGUAGCUACCAUGAACGGAUUUAGGGGUUCCUUGUUUCGUACGUUGAAGACUCUGAAAAGGGGUGUCGAGGUAACUCUACGACGCUAUGUACAUACACUGGACUACGGAGACUUGGAUCUUUCGCUCUUUUCUUCACCUAAAUCGCGAGAAGCAAUGCCCGCUCCCCUUUUCACUGCUCUACGGGUCAUGCUGGUUCAUGAAGUGAUGUAUAUUUCCGAGAAGCAUCGAGUACGUCCGUCGAGCGAGGUGGCUGCAUUGCUCAAGCAGCAUCGAGAUAUAUCAACGUUAUGUCUAGAACUGCCAGGAACGAGCUCGAUGGGGUAUAUUCAUGAUGAUCAUUCUUACGAGAGCAAGCACGCCUUGGAGAAUAUCGAUCCGACUGGACUCCCUAUCAAGUCAUUGUCUCUUCAUGGGGAGUUCUAUAUGUCGGACACGGCUUGGUCUCAUUGGGGUUCGAUGCCAUGGUCGCAACUGGAAACACUUUCUUUGUGUACUGAUACGACCGUCAGCGAACUCGGCUCCAGGCUUGAAAAGCAGUCAUUACCGUCUUUGCGGACACUACUGUUAUGCGCCUAUGUCAAUCAGUUUACCCCCCUGGUAGAAGAGCCAGCGACGUGGGAACUUCCGUUUAUCCAGGGGUUGGAGGAGCUAUCCGUAGUUGGCUACCACCCAGAGACCGCUGUAAAAUACCUGCACCGUGAUCCACGAAAUGCCACCAGCCUCCGCAGACUGCGGUUCCACGCCAGGGAGCCCAGGAAUCAGAUUCUGGCAUCUCACAUAGAACAGCUGAGUAUAUGUCCUCGGCUAGUCUGGCUGGGGCUAGACUUGCAAGUCACCGACUUCCCCAAGGCCGAAGACGACAAGCCUGACCGGUCCCUGGAGUUCAUCGACGCUCUGGCAAAGUUGCGGCCGUUGCAGGAACUCCAUGUCCUGCUGCGCGGCAAAAAAACUGAUGCCACACCAAUAGACGGACGUGACAUUUUGACACUCUUCCAGCGUAUCAAUUCGCUGAAGCAAGGGUGUCCGCUGGAGAGUCUGGUCGUCUGCUGGUAUCAGUGGACGAGGACCCAGGCGGUAUGGAUUGUGAGUGGGUGGGGCGAGGGAAGAGCGUUGAUGGAUUGUAGGAGCUACGGCACACCAAGGCGGAUUGAGGCGUGGGACUUGGAGAGCAUGUCAGUGGUAGAGGAGUACAAAGCUGGCUGGGAUCAUACUUGGGAAAGGUCUUGGCUUGAUGAGUCGGAGGAUUUGUUUUGGGGGCUACCUGAUAGGUAAUCAUAAGUAGUAAGAUACCCAGCGUUUUGAGGUUACGGCGUUUAGGAUACCUAGGUUUUAAGUUAUUCAUCAAUGUUGUUCUACCAUCAAUGUCAGAUUGCCAGACAGUCAGAUUACCCCUUACCC